UGACGGCUCUGGUCUGAAUAUCUCCCCCUGCAGUCACAGUGGUCCGCGUUAUCAGGGCGAAGUGCGUUAAAGUAAUAAAGUCGAACUUUAACCAUUCUUGGCUUAGCAGAUUCUCUGCAGGAUAAUCGAGGUGUUAUAUUCGCCUGUGCAACACAUUCCCUCUGGCUAUUUCAUCAACCCGCUGCAGGAAUGAGUGACGAUCAGUUUGACGUAGUUGUCGUCGGCGCGGGCCUGUCAGGACUCAGCGCGGCUCGAAGGCUGCAAAAGAGAAACUCGCAACUCAGCGUGUUAGUUCUGGAGGCCAGAGACCGUGUCGGGGGUAGAACUGUAAGCGAAAAGCUGCCUGCCGCGAAUGGCGUUGACCAGUGGGACAUGGGGGGACAGUGGGUGUCCAGCUCGCAGACCCAUGUCAUGGAGCUUAUUCGAGAGCUUGGUGUGGAGGUCUUUCCACAAUACACAAAGGGCAAGAAGGUGCAUCACGUGGGCGGCCCGCAUGCCAAAAUCUCAACGUAUUCUUCUAGCAUCCCAUCAUUCUCCCCGCUGGUCCUGCUGGACUUCACCCAGAUUCUGUGGCGGAUUGACUCUCUCACUAAGACCAUAUCAGUUGAAGACCCGAUGAGCUCUCCUAAUGCCGAGCUCUAUGACAGCAUGACGCUUUACUCCUUCAUGGAAAAACAUAUCUGGUCCACACAGAUAAAAGAGGAGAUAGCCUUGUGUAGCCGUAUCGUGUUCGGUCUGGAACCCUCUCAGGUGUCUUUCCUCUACUUUCUGAUGUACUCCGCUGCAGCAGGGGGCACUCUACGCCUCCUGGAGACCACACCUGGAUCGGGUCAGGAGUUCAGAGUCAAGGGAGGCACUCAGCAGCUGUCGGAGAAGCUAGCGGAGCAGAUCGGAGCAGAGCGGGUUCGGCUGGGUGCCGCUGUAACCACCAUAUGUCAGGAUUCAGAGAACAUAAAAGUUACGACUUCUGCAGGCACAGUCACUUGUAAAGCCGUCAUUGUUGCUUGUCCUUCUAACUUGGCAGCCCAGAUCCACUACGAGCCUGCCCUGCCAGCUGAGCGCCAGCGGCUCAUCCAGUGCCUGCCCAUGGGCCACAUGACGAAAUUUAUCGUCACAUACCCCACUGCAUUUUGGAAAGAAAAGGGUUUCUCAGGGGAAAUUGUGGUUCGCCCCUCCGAGUGCUGCCCUAUAAGCGUCACAUUUGACGCCACCAGCCCCAAAGGCAAUCCUGCAUUGGUGGGUUUCAUCGCUGGAGUUCAGGCCCUUGACUGGAGCGAAAGAAAGAUGGAGGAGAGAAGAGAUGCUGUCAUCUCCAGCCUGGUAAAGUACCUUGGCCCGGAGGCAUCCACCUACAUUCACUAUGGGGAAAAGGACUGGGCAAAGGAGGAAUAUAGUGGAGGCUGUCCUGUGAAUGUAAUGACCCCCGGGAUGUUAACGUAUUACCACCCCAGUCUUCGAAAGCCCUUCGGCAGGAUUCAUUGGGCAGGCACAGAGACGGCCACCCAAUGGUGUGGAUACAUUAGCGGGGCAAUUCAGUCUGGUCAGCGGGCGGCUAUGGAGGUCCUAGCUCAGAUGUGUCCUUCUUCCCUGUCCCGGGAGGAACUGGACUCAGUGCGAGCUUCCCUGAAACACAGUAAACCAAGAAAUGAGUCAAAGUGCAAGUCGUCCAAGUCUUACUGCCUCCUCGGUGUGGGAAUGACAGCAGCUGCACUGGUGACCGCCUACCUGUUGGCCAAACCAGAACUAGGAUUGAAAUGGAUCUAAAGGGAUUUGUUUCUUGACAUGUAUUUUAUUAGUAGUUGUGCCUUAAAAUACAUUCUAGUCAACAUGAUGAAUUUUAUCUCCAUAACGGUAAAUAUUUCAGAGUGAAACAUGAUUUUCAGUGGGAAAACAAGGGCGGGACUUGAUUGUAUAUUUAUUGGAAAUUGAUUGCUCCAUGAAAAUACAAUAUAAUUGAAAAGCGUGUUGCAUACCAGAAUAGAGCUAAAUAAGACGGCUUAGAAUUGUCAGCCAAAAGUUGCAGAUACACGGUAAGUUUGUGCUGAAAUUAUAUGCUGACUUUUUAUGUGUGUGUGUGGGGGGGGAGGGGGGGAACUGUAAUGUGAAUAAUGUAAAAAUGGUCAGUUGUUUAAUUUAAGUAUCAGUAAAAUAAUUACAGUAUAAUCACUCAUUGUAUCUUGUACUUAAUCAUAUUUCCAGAUUUGAAUUUCCAAGAUAUAAACUACGGUAACUUUCAGUGCUUCAUCAUGAAAUUACGUGGCAUAAUGUGUUAUGUAGAGGAAAUAUGAAACAUCAAAGCACAGAAGUGAAGCAAACAUAUUGUGAGCUAUAAAUGUAUUUUUGUCAAGCACUUUGAGUGCCUCUCUCUUUCAACCCCAUGAGACUUUCAAUUGUUAUCAUGAGAAUAAAGCAAGCCGGACACUCA